AUGAUAAAUGAUCUGAGGAACCUGCUUGCAACAACAUCAUUCCCAUACCCAAUGACUAACACCAUUGAAGUAACUGGGGUGAACUUAACAACAGCUCCCAAAACUGAAUUGGACUACGACAUUGACAUGGAGGUGACCGUGUCAGAUAUCGCAAUGAUAAAUGAUCUGAGAAACCUGCUUGCAACAACAUCAUUCCCAUACCCAAUGAGUAAUACCAUUGAAGUAACUGGGGUGAACUUAACAACAGUUUGUUACCCGAAUGUUUGUUACCCGAAUGGUAAUGGAUUCCAGUGCAGGUGUGAAGAGCGGUUUGCCUUGUCGUAUGACAGCUGUGUUCUGUACACCCAUUGUGAUGACAUCAUUCAAGGCACAUGCAGAUGCAUCAACGCAAUACCGGCCGAUGGACAGUUUUGCCAACCACAACUACCUCCCAAAACUGAAUUGGACUAUGACAUUGACAUUGAGGUGACCGUGUCAGAUAUCGCAAUGAUAAAUGAUCUGAGAAACCUGCUUGCAACAACAUCAUUCCCAUACCCAAUGACUAAUGCCAUUGAAGUAACUGGGGUGAACUUAACAACAGUUUGUUACCCGAAUGGUAAUGGAUUCCAGUGCAGGUGUGACGAGCGGUUUGCCUUGUCGUAUGACAGCUGUGUUCUGUACACCCAUUGUGAUGACAUCAUUCAAGGCACAUGCAGAUGCAUCAACGCAAUACCGGCCGAUGGACAGUUUUGCCAACCACAACUACCUCCCAAAACUGAAUUGGACUACGACAUUGACAUUGAGGUGACCGUGUCAGAUAUCGCAAUGAUAAAUGAUCUGAGGAACCUGCUUGCAACAACAUCAUUCCCAUACCCAAUGAGUAAUACCAUUGAAGUAACUGGGGUGAACUUAACAACAGUUUGUUACCCGAAUGGUAAUGGAUUCCAGUGCAGGUGUGACGAGCGGUUUGCCUUGUCGUAUGACAGCUGUGUUCUGUACACCCAUUGUGAUGACAUCAUUCAAGGCACAUGCAGAUGCAUCAACGCAAUACCGGCCGAUGGACAGUUUUGCCAACCACAACUACCUCCCAAAACUGAAUUGGACUACGACAUUGACAUUGAGGUGACCGUGUCAGAUAUCGCAAUGAUAAAUGAUCUGAGAAACCUGCUUGCAACAACAUCAUUCCCAUACCCAAUGACUAAUGCCAUUGAAGUAACUGGGGUGAACUUAACAACAGGUAAAAGCAAUCGCUUGGGGAUUUUUUCCUCAGCAUUUCUUUCACGUUAUCUAACGGAGAUUUUCAUCUAUGCUGUUACGCUGGAGGAAAGCUAUUCUUCUAGCUGCAUUUAUCAAUAA